CUUGCUCAUGACGCCACCACUUUCGCAGGCGAUCACUAUAAACACUCUCAGGGACGUCCAAAAGAAUGGUUAAGCAGGCUUCUUCCAAUGUUGAAAUCGAUGCGGCGAGAGGCGAAAAGUAUGGCCGCGUUUCAUUUUGCAAUGGAAGCUGCCAUUAAAAAGGACCAAAACAAGCUCGAUGUCUUUCAGGAAAUCGGUGCUAUUCAAGCCCUCAAAGAGGUGGCAUCAUCACCCGAUGAAGUUGCUGCCAAAUUCGCCUCGGAAGCGUUGACGGUCAUUGGUGAAGAGGUACCGUAUAAGCUUGCCCAACAAGUCCCGAAUUGGACCGUCAAAGAUGUUCAAUACUGGGUGAAAAAGAUUGGCUUCGAGGACUAUGUCGACCGUUUUGCGAAGCAAAUGGUCGAUGGGGACAUUUUGCUCCAUUUGAAUGAAAAAGAACUGGAAAGAGACAUUGGAAUGUCCUCAGGACUUCAUCGAAAACGAUUCAUCCGGGAACUUGAGAGCCUCAAGAUUGCUGCUGACUAUUCAGCUGUAGACGAAAGCAAUCUGGACCAGUUACUGAUGUCCCUGAGCCCAGAGUUAUCCGUCUAUACCUACAAGAUGUUGUCGUGUGGUAUCAAUCGGUCGUUACUGGGCUCGUUAACCGAUGAACUAAUGCAAACUGCUUGCGGAAUUACGAAUCCGAUCCAUCGACUCAAGAUGACUCAAGCAUUCCAAAACGCCAAGCAUCCAGACGAAGUCGAAGUGGCGGUGUUGAGUAAACAAAUAGACGUCUUUAUCAGUUAUAGAAGAAGUACCGGAAAUCAACUGGCCAGCCUUAUCAAGGUGUUACUACAGUUGAAAGGCUACAAAGUUUUCAUCGAUGUUGACAAAUUGUAUGCCGGAAAAUUCGAUUCGUCAUUAUUAAAGAACAUCCAAGCCGCCAAGCACUUCAUCCUCGUCCUCACACCAAACUCCCUUGAUCGCCUGCUCAAUGACCACAAUGGAGAUGACUGGAUACACAAAGAGCUCAAAUGCGCCUUUGAAUAUCAGAAGAAUAUCAUUCCGAUCUUCGAUCAGGCUUUUGAAUUCCCUCAAAACGAAGAGCAAAUCCCUCAAGAUAUUCGAAUGAUCACCAAAUACAACGGUGUCAAAUGGGUUCAUGACUAUCAAGAUGCCUGCAUGGGCAAAGUGGUCCGCUUUAUCGAGGGAGAGCUCAAUCGAACACCCAGUCUUCCGGCACCGGUAAUUUUUAUAUUCUGUCACGAAUUCCGAGGACAUCUAGAAGGGGGGGGGGGUCUUAUGAGGGGCUUUGAUGAUUUUUUUGCCAUUUUAGUCACGCCAGCAUCGUCGACGGAUAGAAAUCGACGGAAACACCACACUUCCGUCACGACAGUAUACGAUCGAAGCUAA